AAAAAAGUCCAAUUUUGAUCAAAAUAAUUUUUGUAAUUAAACUUUUCAUUAAAAACCAGUGGAAUUAAAGGCUUUUAAAAUUGAUACCGCCAAGAUAAUGGACACGCAAGCUGCACAAAUCCAAAAGAAGCUGCAAAUAGAGCUUGAUAGCUUUAAAGCGACUCAAAAAGAAUACUCAAAAUUAGUUCAGCAGAGACAACAGCUCGAUGGGCAAUUGAAUGAAAAUCAAAAUGUAUUAGAAGAGAUGAAUAUAUUAGCUGAGGAUAAGAAUACAGUCUAUAAAUUAAUCGGACCGAUUCUAGUUAAGCAAAGUUUAACAGAAAGCAAACAGAAUGUUAGUAAACGUAUCGAUUACAUCAGUAAGGAAUUGCAGAAGUGCAAUGAUCGUCUUACAACGAUUGAAAAAGAACAAGAUAAGCACCGAGAGAAUUUAGGAAAACUUCAACAGCAAUUAUCUGUUAUAUCUGCAAUGAAAUAAGUCCUUAAUUAAUUUAUGCUCCAUCAACAACACAUCCAGAAGAAAUUUGUUUUUUUUAUUACUUUACUUCCUU